UCGGCUCUACCGCCGCAUUCUCGAGCGUUCGUCUCUUCGUACGACAGCCAGACGGACGAGCGCACGUCUCGUCGUCGCGCCCGAUAUCCGCGUUUGUAAUUUCGCGUCUCUCCGUGGGAGGAAAGAAGGAAGGAAGGAAGGAGGGUGAAGGGUGAUCGAAGGGAGAGAAAAAGAAAAUAUUACGCGAGAACGCGGUGUGUAAAGCUUGGAUUCCUUUCCCGGGGGUUUUUCGUGCGAGACAAGUGCGGGAGUAACACGGAGCGUCCCGGAGCCUCGUUUUCGGAGCGGAGUGACGCCGCUCCGCGCGCGGAUUCCCGCCAUCGCUCGUCGUUGUUUUGUCGGCGCCAUCGCGGAUCCAUCGUGAGCUCUCUCUCUCUCUUUCUCUCUCUUUCUCGUUCGUCUACGCGAUAGGCGCGGCGAGAGGUUGAGUUGAGUGAGGUGAGGAGCGGCGGGGCGUCGUUCGGGCGUCGCUACGUCGCGUCGUUUUCGCUUCCUCUAGCGGCUCAUGUGCUCGCGAGCCGCGGCGACGGAGUGCUGCGCGCGAGACCGGCGGUGCAGGUUGACGUUAUUGUCGUCGUCGUCAUCGUCGACGUUAUUUCGAGCGGCGGUAACUAACUUCUUCGCGGACGAGUGGUGCGGUCGGAAAUCUCGUCGGGUCUCGUUUCGCGCGGAGUGAGAGAGAAAAGAGAUAUAUAGGUGGUAGACAAAGCGGGACGAUUUGGACGCGCGCGGAGAUAACGCGACGAUAGAUAAGAGAGAGAUAUAUAUAUAUAGGUAUACGUGUGCUGUGUGUGCGUGCGUGCGCGCGCGCGCGCGUGAGACAAACAGUGGAUGUGAUAAGUAGUGAUAAGUCAACGAGUCACAGUGGACGCUUGAAUCAUUCGUCCCCCACCCCCCUACCCCCCACGCGUCCUCGUGCCGCGUCAUUUAUCGUUCUCGAGUCCCCCGCGCGCCGACACCACGUUCCUCCUCGCCGGCAGCAAGAUGAUGGGCAAACGGACGCAGUGCUAUCUGUGCGACCUGCCCAGGAUGCCGUGGGCGAUGAUAAUGGACUUCUCGGAGCCGGUGUGCCGCGGUUGCGUCAACUACGAGGGCGCCGACCGUAUCGACCUCGUCCUCGAGUCGGCCAAGCAGCUGAAGAAGGCCCACGGCUUCCAGGACGCCCGGCCGUCCGCGUCGAAGAGCGCGGGGUACCGCACGAGCGCGGGUGGCGGUCACAACGAGCACAACGGCGGGACGAAUCUCGACGUCCUGCCGAUUCAGAACGCGCCCCAGGCCGGGCACACGCGCCACCACAACAUCGCCGCCGGGUACUCGCAGCUGCACCACCGUAACUCCAUCACCGAGUUCACGUCGGGGACGGCGGCGGCGGCGGCCGCGGCCGCCGCCCGGCAGCAGCAGGUCAGCCGUCAGCACGGCGGGGGCGGGGGCGGCGGGGGCGGAGGCGGCGGCGGCGGUGGCGGCGGCGACGACGGCCACGAGAUCGCCAACAGCAUCGCCAGGAGCAAUCCGCCCCGCCUGUCGAACGCGCACCUCGCCGCGGUCGCCGCCCACCAGAUGACCCUCCACAAUCGCGGCAUCACCCAGCUGAAGCGCGGCAUCUCGGCGAUCGAGGAGGACGAUCACGCGGCCGAGAAGCGGCUCUCCCUCGAGGAGCAGCAGCACCCGGCGGUCGCGAGGCCGCCGCUCACCCGCGGCGACUCCCUGCCCGCCGUCAGCCUCGCCGUCAGCUACGUCCAGGACCGGAACAAGGAGAAGCAUCCGGUGAGAGCGCCCAGCUUCGACACAGCGACCACCUUCAAGGCCAACGGUGCAUACGUCGGGCCAUCUAUACCGUUGGCACCGGGCAACGUCGCGGCCAACGGUGGUGGAUCGCCUCUUCGUCCAAGAACGAGUCCUCCACCGCCGCCGCCGCCGAGCCAGGAAGGCGCCAACGACAAUUCACAGUCGAAUCAUCAUCAGGGCACGGCGAAUGGCCCGUCACCGAUGGCCGCUCUCAUGUCAGUCGCCGACAAUCUGACAUCGCCUGAGCCGGUGCCGCAGCCACCGAAUAAUCCCAGUCCCACCAGCAGAAGUCCGCCGACCACGGCCACGAACGCUCAGCAACGCAGUGCUUCUAGAAGCUCCCAGCACAGCCCGAACAGUUCAAGUUCGUCGGGCAGGCGGUCCAGUAGUUCAAGGCAGGUGUCUUCGACGACUGUGACGACGUCCUCGGAGGGCGCGGUUGCUCAAGCUGCCGGUGUCGAACCGGUCACGGCGCCGACCCUCAAGUGUACUCUGUGCCAGGAGCGCCUGGAGGACACGCACUUCGUGCAGUGCCCCAGCGUGCCGCAUCACAAGUUCUGCUUCCCAUGCAGUCGAGACAGCAUAAAGAGACAGGGUGCCGGCUCGGAGGUUUAUUGUCCGAGCGGCGAGAAAUGCCCGCUGGCGAACAGCCAGGUACCGUGGGCCUUCAUGCAGGGUGAGAUAGCUACCAUCCUGGGCGAGGACACCACGGGCACCGGGCUUAAAGUCAAGAAGGAGAGAGAAACUUAAAGGGCCCUCUUUCAAUGUCGAAUCAGGGCUCAAAUUUUCUGCCCCUCUUUGUACAGAGGGUCUGUUAUUUGGUUGGAACCGUGAAGGGUUUCACCGAACGCUUUUGGUAACGGUGAUAAAGACUCGUUGGCGACACACGGGAGAGCCAACGAACGACUCGAGCCAAAGACGUUGUCUGGUGCGAUACGGAUUCUCAUGAAGUUGACGUCAACGAUAAGGGGGGGUAAUAUGGGAGGGGAGGGCAAAAGAAAGAAUGGAUAGAUAGGGGAUUGGGGAGGGGGGGAGGGGCCAGGGAAAGUGGACGAUUUGAUUUUAUUCGGAGCCGGCAGUUAAUGACGCAGUUUUUGACGAUGUGAUCGGUAUCGUACGGUAUUUUAUCUAUUGUGAUCGGUUCUGAGAAGAAGUCUUUGGCAAAUUGCAUGCUGGCGAUCGAUUGUUUUGCUGCACACAUGUACAUACGGAUUUCGUAGAGGGCGGUUGAAUUAACACGACGACGGAAGCAGCGCAUUAUUUUUCUCGAAUGUAGAGGAGCAGUGCGCGACGUUGGAAUCGCGACGGCAGUGAUGAUGCUGAUGAUAAUUUGUUGUGCCCGGUUGGGUUUGUACUUAGGCUCGAUAUGCCUUUCUUCAUUGUCUCUUGUAUCGCGGGCAUAAUUGCUCGCGUUCUUUUACACACACGUACACAGACAGACAUACACGUGCAUAGACAUCACUUACAUUACAGACACACAUAUACAAACGGAUACAAAGGUACACUAGACACACGUGAGAACACCUACAUUUAACGUACGUACACUUCGAAACGGAAACAUUGACUUGGUAUCGCGAAACGCACGCGACCGUAUUGUACUUUAUUUUUUUGUUUCGCGCGCGUCCAAUCGAACGAUUGGAGUCGUGGAUUUAAAUAAUGACUAACGCGAGAGACAAGUAUCUCGUCUCCAUGGCUAUCGCCGCUCCUUUUUCUGUUCUUUCAUUUGUAUACUCUUUCUACCUAUACUCUUCGCUCGUUGUAUUAUAUAAUAAACAUAUGGCGACAUUCGGACCCAGCGCACGGGUUUUCUGUACAUUGUGUAUAUGUGUACAUACCUACAUUAUUAUAAUAAAGCGUAUAACUAAAAGAAUUUUUAACGUUUUUUAAGUGUACAAAAAUCUAUAUUCGUUUUUGCGUUUUGUCUCAUUAAAUUAUUAUUAUCCUCUGUCUCUUUCUCUCUCUCUGUCUCUAUCUCUCUUCUUUCGUCUCUUUCUCUCUUUGUUCUCGCGAACGAAGUUGUAUUCCGUUAUCUCUCCGAGAGACUUUUUCGGCGCGUCGUGUACCUUAGCUCUUUUCGGUUUCUCGCUCGCGAAGGCAAACGACGUUGCGUUUUAUUUGCGCCCCUUAUGACCGCGCUCGUCCGGUCUACGGGUGGGAAAAUAACGAAGAAAAAAAAAAGUAGAAGAAUCACGUGAGACACGUGAACACAUCGCGCCAUCCAGUCACUCCGCAAAGCGGAUUACGUAAUAUGAUAAUGUCCGACUGUAUAACGUCCACUUUCGCCUUUAGUUUAUGCGCUAGACCUUAAGUCGAGGGCCUUUUGGUUUUUCAUUUUCACCGAUGAAAAAAGCACGCCCGUCAAAAUAGGAACCACAUACUCGCUAUGUCUAAACGAUAAAAAGAAAAGGAGUGAAGGGAAGGGGGGAAGGGGAAAAGGCAGGCAGAGGCACUCGCUGGACGCGCCCGAGGGAGGCAUCUCCUUCCGCGCGACGAUCGAGCUGAUCCUCUCGCGGAAAGUGCUGCCCUUUUUCUCUUGGGCGCGCGCGCGCGGGCGGCUCCUUUUGUAUAUAUUUGUACAAAACAGAUCGGCGCCACGUACACAUAUACACACACGCGCACACACAUAUACACGCAUACACAAUAUACAUAAAAACACACACACACAUACACAAACGAAAGGGGAGCGGUUGUCGGAAGUUGUCGCGGGGAAACGAAGCGCUCGGAAAAAUAGAAGAUUAAAGAGAAAAGAAAGGAGAACACUAGUGUCGUGGACAGAUUCCGCCGAGGCUUCCGCUCGAGAUAUCCUCCGCCUCCGCGUUGACGGCACGCUCCUUCGAUUUAGCGACGAACGAGUGAUAUUUCGAGGCUGAAAGUGCGUCUAAAUUUGUAACGUCGUAUCGCGUACCAUGAAAUUUACACUAACGAUAUACGAUCGCGCAUUCAUUGAUUAAAGCCGAACAAGUAGAAGGGAAGUAGAGAGACACGUAACGCGUUCUGUUUAUGUAUCGACGACAGUUAAGGAAUAAAUCGAUCAAUAACAUCAUAGAUUGUUCAAUGUAUCUUAUGCGUUUCAGUACCGAGAGAGGCGUGCCUUUUGCACUCACGAUCGAACAGUUUAAUUAUAUGAAUAAAUGUCUCUUAACUUUUGUCGACGAGCGUUCGUACGCGUCUCUGUCUCUCUCUCUCUCUCUCUUCAAUUUCUUUCGUUUCUCUCGACGAUACGCGUCAACGUUGCAGGUCUAGACGCGCAAAAUUUCUCUCUUACGCCAGGUUUUCUCGCGCGCUUCGUUUUUCCCUGCGGAUUCGCGCUCUCCUUUUAACGUAUUAAAUCCGUAGUACCGAAUCCUUGUACCGGAGAAAACGAGAGAGAUUCUCUCUCUCUCGACGACGGGCGGCUUGGUCGUCGCGUGCCAUACUAUCCUCCACACUUUCUAUACAUGUAUUCGUUGCAUUCUCUCCCUCUUUAUCUUUUUUUCCUCUCUUUUUCUUUCCGUUUAUCUCUUUCUCUCAGAGUACCGGGAUAAUAAUUCCGCGGGAGGAUGUCCGAGGCCAUGCCUGCUCGGGGGUUCUGUUUCACGGGAAGCGCCGCGUGCUUUGCCGUACGUAACAACUCCGCGAAUUAAUUGCUAAUUAUCGGGAUUGCUCGGCGACGUUACCCUCCGUCUAUCUCCGUUACUGUCGUUGCCGUCAUUAUCGUUAACAGUUGACGCGGGAUGGAUGAUGCGGAAUUGGGGCGCGCCAGGAGUGUAAGACCGUUGCGAGGCGACGCGGCCGGGAUUAUCCGUCGACAUAAUCGACUGGCCUUCCGUCCGAUUGAUUCCCGUCGUCAACGACGAUGACGACGACGUCGACGACCAAGCCGCCCGAGUCGCCCACGUCUCGACUUUUCUUCUCCGCGACGGAGGCGCGGCAUGGAGGGACGCGCGAUAGUCCUUCCCCGAUCGAAAGAAAGCGAAGAAAGAAACUAGGAACUUCUCACGCUCGUAAUCGUAAUUCCGUUCCGUUCGUCUCUCUUUCUCUCUAUCUUCUACCGUUCUUCUUCUUCUUUCCGUUUUUGUUCUCUCUCUCUUUUUUUUUGUUUUCCCCUCCUCGAACGAUUCUCGUAUAGCUAACGCAGAUACACGAAGCCGAAGAGAUAUGACGAAACAAUACGUCGAAUAGCAAUUGUAGUAGUGGAUAAUGAAAAUUUUCUAGUAUACCAUACCUCGAGGAACGCGUAACAUUGUACUGUUUAUCGUAUGUAUGCAACAAGCAAAAAAACAAAAUAUAUGUGUUGAUGUGAAA